ACGUGCUUGUGACACAGCCCCGCCCCGCUGUAACGUGACGGUAAAAUAUCAAAGAGACACGCCAGAAGUGACCGUGACGUCACUGUAAGACACGUUUAUUCCGCAUGAACCCGGUAACAGUCGGUAUGUAUCGUUACUGGGUCGGUACCGAUCCCGCUGUCGGUGUAGCUUAGAGAUCAAUGGACCGCAGGAACGCCUUACGUGGAGGACGUGACCGGAAACACGUGCGUUUAGAGCGGAGCAGCAAACACCGACUGAUCAUCAGCUCCUGACGUAAAGUCACAGAUGGAGGCGUCCCCCGUCACGGAGGCGUCCCCCGUCACGGAGGCGUCCCCCGUCACGGAGGUGUCCCCAUCCUGGUCUCACGUUGUGGGGGUUGGUCUGUGUGACUCUGCUGCCCUCCUGUGGAGGAUGGAGGACCUGCGCUCGGUCCGGUCUCGGGGUCUGGUCGGGGCGCUGCUAGGCGCUCUGCCCCGGACGCCGCGACAGAACGGACGCCUGGGCCGACCUCUGCUGCUGCUGCCGGAGGAGGAGCACCUGCUAACGGAGCGCCACGCCGCUGCAGCACUACCGCCCACUAGCCAGGGUGCAGGGGGAGCGGAGCAGCAGGAGGCGGAGCAGCAGAGGAGUUAUGAGGAACAGAGCGUGCUCGCUCUGGCGGACAGGAAGUCAGCACUGCUUCGAGCGAUGACAUCAUCACACACAGCUUCAGACGAGGCGCUGCAGGGUCGCCUGCAGGAUCUGGACCGGAGCUUCUCGUUCCCACAGUCGGCACUGGUAGUCCAGCUGAGCACGGCGAGGGCGGGCCUGACACACUGUCCCGAGGCCCGGGCCUACCUGCAGGCCGACUGGCCAGUCAGAGGGCAGGACGGGUGCCGUGACGACAGGCACCGUGACGCCAGGUACCAGGUGUUUAGAGACUUGAGGGGGCGGGGCUUCUACCUGACCUCAGCGGGGAAGUUUGGAGGAGACUUCCUGGUUUAUCCAGGUGACCCCCUUCGGUUCCACGCUCACUUCAUCGCCGUUUGUCUGUCUCUGGACGAGUCCGUCUGUCUGCUCGACGUCCUAGCCAUCGCUCGUCUGGGAUCCAACGUGAAGAAGACCGUCCUGCUCUGCUCCCCAGGGACGAACGGACGGGUUCUGUACACCUCGCUGCAGUGGAGCGGGAUGGUCUAGACCGGGAACUGGGUCAGGAACCUGAAACUUUGAAGUGUUGGUCCUGCUGGUCUGUGCUGAGGACUCACUGGAGCCUGGACCGGGACUUCUGUUGGUCUUCAUUUCCAGGAUUUGGACCACAGACUGAGCAGGUUGGACCAGAAUGUCUCACAGAGGUCCAUUUUGAUCAGAUCCUGGACCAGGUUCUGGAGAACAGAAUCUAGUUCUUCUCUCUGACUCUUCUGUGUUCUGAUACUCAAUGAGGAACAGAGAGAUGUCUUCAUGGUUUAUCUUCAGGACCUCAGACCAGGUUCAUCUGGACCCUGAACCAGGUCCUGGAUCGGGAGGCUGGACGAUGAUGGGAAACCGAGUUUAUACGUGUUAAUUCACUGAGCCUGAAAAUACAGUGAAGUCAUGUGACGAGAUGUGAUGACAUCACAUCUCGUCACAUGACUUCACGACUUAGUUUGAGACAAAUAAAGGUCAAAGAAUCAAAACUAGUUCAUUUU